CCCAAAGAAUAAAAGAGAACACAGCGAAGGUACGCGACACGUGCGAGAUGAGCGGUGAGAUUGCGAAAGAACGAAAGCGAGUGGAUUGGUAAACGAAAGAAAUCGAGUGCGUUUGUAAACCCUAGGCAUCAUCACACGCUCAUGCUCCUCGCGUGAGUUUUGAAUCUCUUCUUCAAACUUUCUUUCUGUUUCAGAUCAUCAUCAACAUCACCUUCAAUUUUUAUAGGACCCCUUAUCUUUCAGUUAGGCGAUUAACCAUCAAGUUUUUGCUUUGAUGCAAAUGCGACUUUAUGACUUGCUGAAAAAGCAUCAUGGCUUAUGCAGGCAGCCUUUAUUUGCUGUUUUUAAGGCCCAAUUUGGAGGAUUUGGACCGUUUCUAUAAAUUUCCUGCCACUUCAUCCAAAUUAGGAACAUUGAUUAAUGAUUGAUGGUGCAAAUUUUGUACAAAUGCUUAGUAGUUAGUGCUUAUGAUGUCAGAUGGCUGUCAUUUCUCUUAAACACGAGUUAACUACUUGAUGCAUUAGCACAAGCAUAAUUACAAUAUUCAAAGAUGCUCACUACCCUUUGUGUGCUCUUAUUUACACACAUACUCUUUAUAACAACCUCAACUAAUUGACUGACUUCUAUAACAACUCUGACUACUUAGUACCCUUUAAAUCAUCAAAGCAAGUUGUUCUCAUAAUGGAUAUAGAUCUCAGGUUACCCUCUGGUGAACAUGAUAAAGAGGAAGAAGAGACAACGACACUUGAUAACAUGUUGGAUGGUGAUGAAAAGUUGCACAAUGGAGGUAUAGACGGCAGACAUAUUGUUGAUGCUGGCAUUGAAGUACAUGCUCUAAAUGGCGGAGAUUUGAAUUCCCCCACAGUUGAUAUGGUAAUGUUUAAGGAAGAUUCAAAUCUUGAGCCACUUUCUGGCAUGGAAUUUGAGUCCCAUGGGGAAGCAUAUUCUUUCUACCAAGAAUAUGCUCGGUCAAUGGGAUUCAACACUGCAAUACAAAAUAGUCGCCGUUCAAAAACGUCAAGAGAAUUUAUAGAUGCAAAGUUUGCUUGUUCCAGAUAUGGAACAAAACGAGAGUAUGACAAAUCCUUCAAUCGACCACGAGCACGACAGAACAAGCAAGAAUCUGAAAAUUCAACUGGUCGAAGAUCUUGUUCUAAAACCGAUUGUAAAGCAAGCAUGCAUGUAAAAAGAAGGUCAGAUGGGAAAUGGGUUAUACAUAGUUUUGUAAAGGAGCAUAAUCACGAGCUCUUACCAGCCCAGGCAGUAAGUGAACAAACACGAAGAAUGUAUGCUGUGAUGGCCAGGCAAUUUGCAGAAUACAAAACUGUGGUUGGUAUCAAGAGUGAAAAGAAUCCGUUUGAAAAAGGACGGAAUUUGGGUCUGGAGUUUGGGGAGGCAAAACUUAUGCUUGAUUUUUUUAUUCAGAUGCAAAAUAUGAAUUCUAACUUCUUUUACGCAGUAGAUCUCGGUGAGGAUCAACGUCUGAAAAGUCUCUUAUGGAUUGAUGCUAAAAGUAGGUAUGACUACAUCAACUUCUGUGAUGUAGUGUCAUUUGAUACCACCUAUGUUAGAAACAAAUAUAAGAUGCCUCUUGUGAUUUUUGUUGGGGUGAAUCAGCACUACCAAUUUAUAUUACUCGGGUGUGCCUUGAUAUCAGAUGAAAGUGCCACAACUUUUUCUUGGCUAUUACGGACAUGGCUGAAAGGUGUUGGUGGUCAAGUUCCAAAAGUGAUAAUUACUGACCAUGACAUGACUUUGAAGUCAGUUAUUUCAGAUAUUUUUCCUAGUGCUUGCCAUUGUGUUUGCUUAUGGCAUAUAAUGGGGAAGGUAUCUGAAAAUUUAGCUCCUGUAAUUAAAAAACAUGAGAAUUUUAUGGCAAAAUUUGAAAAGUGCGUAUUUAGGUCACUGACAAGUGAUGAUUUUGACAAUAGAUGGGAGAAAAUUUUGGAUAGAUUUGAGCUUCGACAAGACGAAUGCAUGCUGUCUUUGUACGAAGAUCGCAAGUUAUGGGCACCAACAUUCAUGAAAGAUGUGUUCUUAGGGGCUAUGUCUACUGUCCAACGAUCUGAAAGUGUAAAUUCAUUUUUUGACAAAUAUGUUCAUCGGAAGACCUAUGUGCAAGAUUUUGUUAAACAGUAUGAAUCCAUCUUGCAAGACAGGUACGAAGAGGAAGCAAAAGCAGAUUCUGAUACUUGGAAUAAAGCGGUAACAUUAAAAACUCCCUCACCUUUAGAAAAGAGCGUUUCAGGGGUUUGCACCCAUACAGUAUUCAAAAAGAUUCAAGCGGAGAUUAUUGGUGCAGUGGCUUGUCAUCCUAAAGUUGACAGGCAGGAUGAGACAACUGUUGUUCAUAGGGUGCAUGAUAUGGAAAGCAACAAAGACUUUUUUGUUGUGGUGAAUGAAGUAAAGUUAGAGCUGUCUUGUAUAUGCCGACUAUUUGAAUAUAAAGGUUAUCUUUGUCGACAUGCAUUGGUAGUUCUUCAAUAUUCUGGCCAUUCAGUGUUCCCCAAUCAAUAUAUUUUGAGCCGGUGGGCAAAAGAUGCAAAGACCAGGAAUGUAAUGGACGAAGAAUCUGAACUUAUGCUGGCUAGGGUUCAACGAUACAAUGAUUUAUGUCAUCGAUCACUAAAACUGAGUGAAGAGGGAUCAUUGUCUCAAGAUAGUUAUAGUAUUGCAUUCCACGCGCUAAAUGAGGCACACAAAAGUUGUGUUAGUGUUAACAAUAUUAAUAAGAGUCCUACAGAAGCUGGUACAUCAGGGGCUCAUGGUCAGCUUUCCAUUGAAGAAGACACCCAAAGUAGAAAUAUGGGAAAGUCAAACAAAAAGAAGAAUCCAACCAAAAAGAAAAAGGUGAACUCUGAAGCAGAGGUGAUGACUGUCGGGGCACUAGACAACUUGCAACAAAUGGACAAAUUCAACACCAGAGCUGCAGUAACCCUUGAAGGUUAUUAUGGCACACAACAGAGCGUGCAGGGAAUGUUGAACUUAAUGGGACCAACACGUGAAGAUUACUACGGGAAUCAACAGACUCUUCAAGGACUGGGACCAAUAAAUUCCAUACCAACCAGCCACGAUGGUUAUUAUGGUGCACAUCAAGGCAUGCCCGGUUUGGCACAACUGGAUUUUUUGCGAACUAGUUUCACAUAUAAUAUGAGGGAUGAUCCUAAUGUGAGAGCAGCACAGUUACACGAGGAUCCAUCAAGACACUCGUGAAUGCUCAUCUGGUGUAGAGAAUGGAAUGCCUCAAAACCUCAACUGAGAUUAUAUUGGAAAAUCUCCACGUUCAGUAUUUGUAUAAUAUAAUGCUUUUAUAUUAAUAAAUAUAGGUAAAAUUCUGCUAACUUGUAUUAUAAUGUUUAAUAUUUUGUAGUAUUAUUAAUAUAGGUGAGGUAAGGCUUCAGAGUUCAACCUCAAGUAGAGAUUGUUGUAUCAUCAUGUAAACUUAUUAUUCUUUAGGCUACUUGGGGAAAUUGUAAGUAUAUAAUAUUUAUGUUAGUGAUGUGGGUAUUUGCAUGCAUUUAUGUGCAAAAGAAAAUGAAACCAUCUCCUUCAUCUA